CCUGGCUAUGCUUCAAGAUACACCUACUCCCACUGAGAUCAAAUCCUCCACGGUUGAUGGAAGCCAAUCAAUCUUACUCAUAGAAGGAGAGCACAGGAAGUCAUUGCGAAUUGAUAUCGACACCAAGUAAUCGGAGAGAAACUUGAAGCUUGCACCCAGUCUCCUGCAAAGGCAGCCAGCCGCGAGCCACAAUGACCAGAACCUCGCGCAAGCCCCCGCGAGACCCAGCCCAACUCUCGGGGAAACCACUGGCAGAGACCCUGGAGCCGUCGCCCGUCCUCCACAGUGAGACAGAAGACUGGACGACCUCUCAGGACCUCACCGAAUACGGUCUGUCAUUUGUGCCUGAAGUCAUGCAGGAUCUGACCCUGUACCUGCUGGCCAACCCCAACGUCAACUCCAGCCACCUGUUCCGGGCCGAUAUUCUCUUCGACAGCGAGGGGAUAUUGCGCACCCCGCGCGAAAAAGCGCAGUCCUUUGCGCUCACCGGCAAUGCCAAUGCGGACGUCAUUGCAACUACUGGGGUCUUUGAUGGCGACGAGAAGGAGGAGGACGACGAGGUUGGGCCCAUCCCGGCGCGCGAAGUCCCCGGGUUCUCCCUGAGCAGGACUGUAGUCCGACGCCUGGUACCCCGGAAUCCUAAGCUGGAUCGAACUCUGGACCAGACAUGUCACUUCUACGAAGCAGAGACUUCCCCUGCCACUGGAGGCAGGGAGCAACAUAUUUGCCGACGCUCCCUGGUCAUCUACACCCCCCACAUCACCAAAGAAGAAGAGAUCCCCUACUACCACCCCGCCCUCCGCUCAUUGGCCUACCUAUACGACUACAAUACGAGCCCUGGCUCUAACACCGACCCUUCUUCUACCCCAGGGGAGCCACCCCAGGAUACUAUCCCAGGACCAGGCACCUUAACCCUACACACACUCCUUUUCCCUAGCCUCCCCAUCACCAACCGCCUCGAGCGCACUCUGCAAGCCCUCCUCAACACGCAAAUCCGGCUUGCGCGCACCACCCGCCUUCCCACUCCCUCAUCAACCUCACCAUCCACCCCUCAACACCUCGGCGCCAAUAAGAAUCCCCUCAAAGACAACAUCCUCCCGCAGCACCUCGUGCAAAACACCUACACGCGCCUCAAGGCCAAAUACGCCAGCGACCUAUGCCAGAACUGGGUGGAAACCACCGAGCCCUCAAAGCACGUCUUCGAGGAUCUCUCCAUCGCCGCCUUCCUCAUCGAGCUCUGGCGGAGCAUGUACGGCGUCGUCCCGGAGGACGAACGCGGAGCUGAAAAUCCCCAUACCCAAGACGCAGCCACCAUCACAGCCACCGCCGAUGCUGCGGUCACCGCCAAAUUCCCCGGCUUCGUCGACGUCGCCUGCGGCAACGGCGUCCUCGUCUACAUCCUCUUCAAGGAAGGGUACGAAGGCUGGGGCUUCGACGCCCGGCGCCGCAAAACGUGGGAGAUCUUCCCCGCGAGGAUCCAAACGCGGCUGAGGGAGGAGAUCUAUGUUCCUAGGCCGUUUCAUGAUGCGAUGAUGUCGAAAAAGAUCGAUAGCAACACAACUGCUCCCCACCACCCAAGCACGGAUACUGGGGAGGCGGGUGGGGUGGAUGCUGCCGUUGAUGCUAAUGCUGAUGCUGCCACCGACACCGACAGCGAUACCGACCCCUUCGGAGUCGGUAUCCCCAGCCACACCGGCCAGUUCCCCAAGCAUACAUUCAUCAUCUCCAACCACGCGGACGAGCUAACCGUGUGGACCCCUCUGAUGGCGGCGCUGCUGAGUCCCGACUCGCCGUCGCCGUUUGUGGCCAUUCCGUGCUGUUCGCAUUCGUUGUCUGGGGCGAAAUAUCGGUAUCCGCCGCCUAAGCCUGUGGCUUCUUCUUUGUUGAGGGGCAAGGGAGAAGGAGAAGGAGUAGGUGAUGGUGAAGGAGUAAGACAGGACAAGCAGCAGCAGCAGCAGCAACAGCAGCAGCCGGCGGCGGGUGAUUUGAAGACCCUGCGGAAGGAGAGGCAGGAUGCACAGUCGACGGAGGCAGGGUUUUUGAAGAGUAUGUACGGCUCGUUGACAGCCAAGACGAAGGCGGUGGCGGAGGAGGUGGGGUUUGAGGUCGAGAAGACGCUGUUGCGGAUCCCCAGUACGAGGAACAUGGCUGUUGUGGGUGGCCGCAGGGUCACGACGCAGCGGUGGAAGGAGGGGUUGAAGGAGGAUGAGUCUUCAGAUGCUGGUGCUGGUCAUAUUGUGGAGAAGGUCAUGGCUGUGGUGCACCGGGAGUGUCAGCGCGAGGGGGGCGUGGAAGCUGCUGCGAAGAUUUGGAUCGACAGAGCGAGAGGCAUCAAUAAAGGUCCCGGGAUGGGGAAGCAGCGUGGUAGCCAUUGAUGAGUUCAUCUAAUUGUUGGUUAUAUCGACGGAGCAUUCAUGAUACCCAUGCAAGAGUAGAGCGGAGAAGAAAAGUCG